AUGAAGUUUUCUAGUGAUGAGCUAAGUCUAUCUACUUUGGUUCAAGGAAAGAAAUUGAAAUUUGAUGAAGAGGUUUUAGGGAAAAUUUUAGAUGUUCCAAAAGCUGGAGUGAGGUUUGUUAUGAAACAACAUCCCACAGUAAAAUUUAUGGUAGAUGACUUAAAAGUAGUUGGAACAUCUGUUGCUGGACCAGUUGCUGCAGAAGCACUGAGAAUAGAAAAUGCAGAAUUUAAGACCAAGAUCACUGUACUUACAGAAGAGGUUCAAGGAUUGAAUGCAGAAGUAAAAGACCUCACCAGGAGCACUGACAGAGACUACAGCAGAGUUAGCUUAGCAGCAGCAACAAGAAUUGUUGAGGCAGAUGAGUUUACAAGAGCUGACAAAUAUAAAGGAUGGUUUCCACAAUUGUUUGGGGAGAACCUGCGUAAAGGACAAACUGUUGGUGUAAUAUGGGCUGGUCCUAUUGGAUUGGCUUAUGCCAGAAUGAUGUUGUUACUUUGGAAGCCAAGGUUGUGCGAGCAUCUUGCAGCAUGUGGAAAAUCAAUUGAAUCUUUUAUGAGAUUUGAUGACAACCUCUUGGUCUCAUUUGCCACUGAAUUAUGA